GUUUGCGCGUCUCGCGAGCGUUGCCGUGACUGACUGAGGUAGAGACGCCUGCUGCGCGUCCGGCUACAGUGAGGCCGAGGCUGCGUGAGGCGAACGGGAGCGGUGACCAUGUUCCGAGCGGCGGCAACUAGGCGAUUGCAGCAGUCGGCCUUAUUGCUACGAUUUCAGAGUACCCUGGUAAUAGCCGAGCAUGCAAAUGAUACCCUAGCACCCAUUACAUUAAAUACCAUCACUGCAGCCAAACGUCUUGGAGGUGAGGUGUCCUGCUUAAUAGCUGGAACCAAAUGUGACAAGGUGGCGCAGGAUCUCUGCAAAGUAGCAGGUGUAGCAAAAGUUCUGGUGGCUGAGCAUGAUGCAUACAAGGGCCUUCUUCCAGAGGAACUGACACCAUUGAUUUUGGCAUCUCAGAAGCAGUUCAAUUACACGCACAUCUGUGCGGGAGCAUCUGCCUUCGGAAAGAACCUUUUGCCCAGAAUAGCAGCCAAACUUGAUGUCGCCCCAAUUUCUGACAUAAUUGCAAUCAAGUCACCUGACACAUUUGUGAGAACUAUUUAUGCAGGAAAUGCUUUGUGUACAGUGAAGUGUGAUGAAAAAGUGAAGGUGUUUUCUGUCCGAGGAACAGCUUUUGAAGCUGCAGCAACAAGUGGAGGUAGUGCCAGUUCAGAAAAGGCAUCAGCUACUUCCCCAGCGGGGAUAUCAGAGUGGCUUGACCAGAAAUUAACCAAAAGCGAUCGACCAGAGCUAACUGGUGCCAAAGUGGUGGUAUCCGGUGGUCGGGGUUUGAAGAGCGGAGAGAACUUUAAGUUGUUAUAUGAUUUGGCAGAUCAACUACAUGCUGCAGUUGGUGCUUCUCGUGCUGCUGUUGAUGCUGGUUUUGUUCCCAAUGACAUGCAGGUUGGACAGACAGGAAAAAUAGUAGCACCAGAACUUUACAUUGCUGUGGGAAUAUCUGGAGCCAUCCAACAUUUAGCUGGGAUGAAAGACAGCAAGACAAUUGUGGCAAUUAACAAAGAUCCAGAAGCUCCAAUUUUUCAAGUGGCAGAUUAUGGAAUAGUUGCAGAUUUAUUCAAGGUAGUUCCUGAAAUGACUGAGCUAUUGAAGAAAAAAUGAUUCAUGAUCAUGUCUUAAGGAGAAAAAUUAUGAGAGUAUUCAGCUGCAAUUAUAGAAAAUUUGUGGCUGUUAUAACAGUCAUUGGAAAGCUGCGUUUCAGAACUUGAGAAAAAAUUCUAACAAAUGACACAAUGCUUUUUUUAUGGGGCUAUUAUGUUUCUUUUAAAUUGUGGUUCCAAAAAAGAAUUUUUGAAGUUUUCUAAUUCUGUAAUCAAAUAUAUAAUAAAGUCUUUCCACAGCUUAAAAACUA